AACCUCGGAAUGCACUAAAAAAAAUGAUUCAUCGCUAUUUAAAUUAUCUGUGAAAUGCUUUGUUUUUGACUGAUUUGAACUUGAUGGUUGCCGUGGUAGUUCAUGGUUGUUUCGUUCGUUCGUUGUUACUUGUUCUGUCGUUAUCGUUUUCAUAGGAAAUAAAUUAAAUUUGAUCAUCUUCUUGUAAAUUACUUUUAAAUACAAAGUUUCUUAAUUUUUACAUCUUAAAGAAUUCAAUCUUGCCAGUGGAGUGUUUAAUACCAUUACGUUAAUUUAAUUUGUUGUGUUAUGUACCUGUUAGAGCAUGGAUGCCUGCUGAGGAAUGUCGGAAUACGCUUAUGAUUUAGUAUUCAGAGUGUGUUCAUAAGUACUUAAAGCUCGAAGUACCCACCUCAAAAGUAACUUGUACAAUGUUUUCUAAGAAAAAGAAAAAGCCUCUAAUUUCGCCGCCAAGUAAUUUUGAACACAGAGUACAUACUGGCUUCGAUAAACGAGAGGGAAAGUUUGUUGGACUUCCUCUGCAAUGGGCCUCACUUGUUGGUAAUAAUCAGAUAUUAAAGUCAACCAACAGACCUUUACCUCUAGUAGACCCAUCUGAAAUCACACCCACCGAAAUUCUAGACCUUAAAACUAUUGUAAGAGGAGAUCACAGAACCAUUUCUGUGUCAUCUAUAGCACGGCCAUUACCUGCAAACAUACCACAGCAGCCCGUACAGAAUGGUGUGGUUCUGCCAAAGACAUCAAAUGUUGCAAGAUCAAAUUCUUUAAGAAGUAGUAGCCCACCGAGAAUAAGGAGAGACUUAAGGAGUCAGCCUAAUGUUCCUCCGGCAGUGCCUGAGGAGUCACCUCCUGUGCCACCAGCACCACAACAGUAUCUAAGUUUGCGACGAGAACACAGCAAUUACACAUUAAAUAAGCCUAUUGCUGAGUCUCCUGUAGAAUGGGGCCAGCAUGCACAUGAGGCUACUGUAAGACAAGUACCAGAAAUAAAUGACAACCACCAUGCCCCAAUGACAUACCAGAACAUUCAGAAUGCUAAUGUGCCUUACCAACACAAUCAUCCACCUCAACCAAUGACACAUGGACCUCAUGGCCUUAACGGAAAUAACAUCAACAUGGGUGAUGCGUAUGGUGUGUCGCGGGUGCAAGGCACACCGGGCGGCGCCCCGCCUCUUCCCCUCGCUGCGUCUAAACACGAACUGCGGCUCACGCAUGAACAGUUCCGCGCCGCGCUUCGGUUGGUCGUUAGCGAGGGUGACCCGCGGGCUUCCCUCAGCGGGUUCAGUAAGAUCGGCGAGGGUAGCACGGGCGUAGUCUGUGCUGCCACCGACACGCGCACACGACGGCGCGUCGCUGUCAAGAUGAUGAACCUCAGGAAGCAGCAGAGACGUGAACUGCUUUUCAAUGAAGUGGUCAUAAUGCGCGACUACCCCCACCCCAACAUAGUCGAGAUGCACGCCUCUUACUUGGUCGGCGACGAGCUCUGGGUUGUGAUGGAGUACAUGGCUGGGGGCGCCCUUACAGACAUUGUGACGAGGGCAAGGAUGGACCCUGAACAAAUUGCAACAGUCUGCAAGCAAUGUUUGAAGGCUUUAGCGUUCCUUCACAGCCAAGGCGUGAUUCAUAGAGAUAUUAAGUCAGAUUCGAUUCUUAUGACAGCUGACGGUCGGGUAAAACUAUCUGACUUCGGAUUCUGUGCUCAAGUCUCAGAGGAACUGCCAAAAAGAAAGUCGUUAGUGGGAACGCCAUAUUGGAUGUCGCCUGAAGUGAUAUCAAGAUUGCCGUAUGGUCCAGAAGUGGAUGUUUGGUCGCUUGGCAUCAUGCUCGUCGAGAUGGUGGAUGGAGAACCGCCUUUCUUCAAUGAACCUCCUUUACAGGCGAUGCGUCGUAUCCGCGACAUGCCGCCCCCGCGGCCGCGCGGCGCGGCGCGCUGCCCCGCCGACCUGCUGGCGCUGCUGGAGUGCGCGCUGGUGCGGGACCCCGCGCAGCGGCAGUCCGCCGCGCGCCUGCUGCACCACCCCUUCCUGCGCCGCGCCGGGCCGCCCGCGCUGCUCGUGCCGCUCAUGCCGCCGCACCACCAGCAGCACCCGCCACACCCGCCGCCGGACCCCGCCAGCAAUCAACCGAUGUCCACUGGUCCGCCACGGUAAGCCUGUUAAUCUUGGUCAAAUCUCGAACAGACAGAUUACUCGACAGUUAUUUAUGCAUAUUGUAUUAAGUUAUAAAUAAAUAGACAAAAAAUAUCGAACAUGACAUACCAAAGUUGUUGUAAUGCAACUUGAUUAAGUUUAUUUUUUUAUUGUGUGCAGCACUUAAGUGAGUUAAAACUUUUAUGUGUAUAGCAAAACAGCAGUAUCUAGGCAUUCUAGAUGUCUGAAGGAUCUUUGUGACAGUUUGUACACUAUGAUUAUCACAUUGAGACAAAAAAAUUGUCACAACUAUUGUAUCUUGGUUGGAUGGGUAUCAAUGUAUCCAGUAUCCUUUAAUAAAAUACCAACAGUAUUUCAUUCACGACGGAUUACGUGCAACAUAAAGGACUAUGUAUAUCAGAGCAACUAGUCACUUUAAUUGUAACAUUUGUAGCCCACGAUUGUCACAAGUAAUACUGUUGUAUUGCUAUAUGCUAUGUAAACCCAGUUAAAUCAUUCCAAUAUUUGCGCCUAUUUUUCCCUCGAAACGAUAUGGUAUUUAUUACAUUCCUUCGUAUUUAACUCUUUUAUAUUUACAUAAUAUAGAGUUUAUUAGGUAUACAUUAUGUACUAUAAGAGCCUUUCCAGUACCUUGAAGUAAUUUAUAAUGAUCCAUAAUUUAAGAAGUCUCGAAAUUUCCACCCCGUCCAGGUAGUCAAUUAUUAUCUUCUAAUGUAGUGUCUAUUUACAAAAUUAUCGUGAUGCGAAAGUACCUACAGAUGUUCUUCUACACUAUAUUAUAUUUUUAUGUAUUACUAAAAUAUGGUUAGUGUUCGUUUAUAAAAUCAAAUGUUAUGUAAAAAGUGAUUUCUUAACUGUAAUUAAAAUUAGAACCAUGAAGUGCCAGAAAAUUAUGAAAAUCGAUUUUAAAUCAGUAUUAUGGAUUGCCUUGUACUUAUUAAUGAAAGCUUAUACACUUUUUUCUAGGUUAAGAUUUAGCGAAUCAGUAAUUUAUUACUUUCUUAUGACUAGGUAACAUUCCGAAAAAAAAACUGUUGUUAUUCUUCAAGUUGAUGGUCAGUCACAAACAUUUCCGGAUUAUUUUAUAUACAUAAUGUUAAUUAUUCAUAUAUGAAAUUAAUGUUACUUAUUUUUCGAAAUUAGUUAUAAUGGUCUGUAAUUUACUGUGAUUACAUGAGCCUAUGAUAUUUAGCGACUUAAUUGCGCGGUCUAACAUUUCUACUGACGUUGUACUCAUUAAUAGAAGUGUACCUACCUAAUGUAAAUUAACAUUUUAGUGUUUAGAAAUUAAACGAAAGCAGCUAGAUAAGAUAAAUCAUACAUUCAAUUAUGACUAGUAUUGUCGAAGCCUUAUUAGAAUGUGUAGUGCCUUAAUAAAGCCUUUAUUGUUUAUAGUGAAGUAGUUAUUGCACUUGAUAUUUGUUACAAUAUCUAAGAACAUUGUUAAUAUUAGACAUCACAAUGAUAUUCAUCUUCAUUUAGCAGUUGAUGGAGUGAAAUCUAUUCUAAUUUAUUGUUUUACAUUCACAUCAAUUUUUUAUAAGGUAUAUGCCAAAUAUAUUGUAUUAUUUCAUAUUUGUAAAAUCACAUUGUUAAGAACUGUUACAGAAUAUAGACUUUGAAACAA